AUGGAAAGCCUCCCUGUUACAAUCGGCAACCCGACGACGACUGAGGAUGUGAGUACGAUUGUGAUGGCCACUGACAGCCCAACCUGGAUAAUAGCGGCAUCAUCGGCGACAUCGACGUCUGCAGCUGCUCCUUCUGCUUCUAGCAUGUCUUUGGAGCCCUCGGCAACAUCUGCUGCCAGUGCUAUGUCUGACAAACCUUCCCCUAGCGGAGGUCUCACAACCCCUCAGAUAGCCGGGAUAGCCAUCGGCGGUGCCGCUACCGUGGUGGUAGUUCUCGGUUUGUUCAUGCUUACAUUAUGGAUGCGCCGACGGCGCCGUCAACGUCGUCGAAGUCAGAGGCGAUCGAGGAUUAUAGAGCAGACACCUCCCCCGAAUUAUCAAAGUCCACCGAAAAAGGCUACACCGAUAUUCGACGACAUUGGCUCGUCGCUAACAGUGCCUCAGGCGAACGGUCGCUUCUAUGGCGCCCAGCAGCCGAUGGAAGAAAAGAGGAGAAGCUUCUGGCGAAAGAGCAUUCGACCGGAAGACAUCGGCGUCGCUGUUUCGCCAAAGGUACCUGGCGAACACUCCCCCGUUAGCGCAUCGUCUGAGCAGAGUUCCUCUUUCCUCCUGCCCGCCGUGCCUGUUGCAGCACUGCGACCUGCGCCUCUUGAUCUUGAGGCUACAAGGGAUCGCAGGAGAUAUACCCAACGGCCUGUUAGUGAUGUCACCGAGUUUGAUGAUGAACCCCAGAUCAGGGCGCAAGAGCCCGAGCGGAUCCUCAUUGACAACCAGCCGUUUAUCCUAGAAAAGCCGCCACUGGCGAAAAGACCACGAGGAGCUCCAUCGAACCUGAAACUGCCAGCGGUGCCCGAAAGUUCUCCUCGAAAUGCAUCACAGGCACGAAUUCCCCUGACACCGACAUAUGACAACGGAAACGUCGAUUUUGCAUCACCACCCAGCGUUCGUUCGCCUAUGGUAACACAAGGACCGGUUCCUGUGGCCGAACGCAAGUUGCCUUCGUCAUCAAUGUACGCAAGCAGAAACGUCUUGCGGAAGAAUCCGCCUCCAAGACUACCUCUGCGAGUGGUCACUGGUCGAUCGGUUGAGCCUCUCACGCAGCCGCGUAGUGCUCCCCGUCCACCUCAGGCACCUCCAACGACGCAGAAGGCAGGGUCCGCACGAAACGAGAUCUCAGCACUACAGAGACAGAGCUCUGUCAGCUCGGUAUAUACCGAGAUUGAAGAAGACACGACGCCGGAAGAGAUAAACAAACAGCUUGGGCUGCGAGCCAACCCGCCAACAGCUAUCACCUCUACAUUUCCGCAGCAAGUAGCUGCGAGCCAAGGGAGCCCGAUCAAGGAUCUAAGAUAUCCCGAAAUACCGCGCUCGGCGGCCGUAUCGAGGCAAGCAGAGAAAUCUGCACAACCUCGCGCAAGCCCCAGUCUGGCAUCAACUCCAGUGCCUGCCCCAAGAACCAUCCCGGCCGUGCGACCAAAGAGGGACGAGCUUGUCCGAGCCGAAGCCAGCUUUAUGGUAACGGAUACAACUUCCUCGGAUGGAUAUUAUUCUGACUCGACCAUCGAGUUUCCUAUCCCGCCCACGUUUAAGACUCGAAUGUCAAGUCUGUCUCAACUGAGGAACAAUCCCUCCAGUGGGAACAAAGGCAUUAUACCUCCAAAGACGCUCACUUUUCUACACGAGUCCUCCUCGGAGACAAAGACGGUGGAUGUCACAAUACCGCAGCGGUCGCCGUCCACCAAAGCUCGAUUGACACCAAAACAAUCAAGCACCGGGGAUUUGUAUAUAACGGUUGAGAUCUGA